AGCCAUGUUGAACUUCAAGUCCUUUCCUCUCAUAGACGCUCUCGCUGUCUCUCUCUCCCGUGCAUGGAAAUGCGUGUCUAAUACCAGCUACAAAAAAAAAAUCGCUUUCUUUCUCCUCCAAUAAAUACACUGCUUCUCUUCUCUGCGUUUUGUGAGAUCCAGCAACACUUCUCUAGUGCUCUUCCAUCGUUCUCUGCUGCCAAUAUGCUCAGAUCAUUAGCCAGGUGUUCAAGAGACUUCAAGUUUGUCACCGAUGAUUUGCUUUCUAAGCGUACGAGAUUUUUUUCAACGGGAAGCAGAGGAAGCAGGCUAGAAGGAAAAGUAGCCCUAAUAACAGGGGCAGCAAGUGGGCUUGGUAAGGCAACAGCUCAAGAAUUCAUCCAAAAUGGGGCCCAAGUCAUCAUUGCUGAUAUAGACACUCACUUUGGCCCAAAAGUCACCAAUGAGCUGGGCCCUGCUGCCCACUUUGUCCAAUGUGAUGUGAGGGAUGAGUCUCAAGUAGAGGAAGCUGUAAACAUUGCCGUGUCCCGUCAUGGAAAACUCGACAUAAUGUACAACAAUGCCGGAAUAACAGGCCCAUCAAUCCCGCCGAGCAUUGUUGACCUUGACCUCACCGAGUUCGACCGAGUUAUGCAAAUCAACGUCCGAGGUAUGGUUGCAGGGAUAAAGCAUGCGGCACGUGUCAUGGUACCUACGGGGUCGGGGUCCAUUCUAUGCAUAUCUAGCAUAAGUGGACUAAUGGGUGGGCUUGGGCCACAUCCAUACACAAUAUCCAAAUAUACAAUACAUGGGGUUGUGAAGUCUGUUGCCAGUGAGCUAUGUCGAAGUGGGGUCCGAAUCAAUUGCAUUUCACCAGGCCCAAUUCCCACACCAAUGACUGUGGGCCAAAUAGCCAAAUUUUACCCAGGUGCAACAGAGGAGCAAGUAAUUAAAGUUGUGAAUGGGCUUGGGGAGCUCAUGGGGGCUAAGUGUGAAGAGAUAGAUGUGGCCCGAGCUGCCUUGUACUUGGCAUCAGACGAAGCCAAGUAUGUAACAGGUCAUAACUUGGUUGUAGAUGGAGGGUUCACCACCUAUAAAAGUCUUCAGUUCCCUUCUCUUGAUCAAAUUGUGUAGGCCACAAGUCUUUCAUAUUUUACUAUUGAGCAAAAAAAAAAUCUCUGCUCAUUUUCCUUCUUUGAAUUACUAUUAUUAGCGACUGAUUUUUUUGUUCUCAAUGACUUUUGAGGGGUCGAUGUCUGUUGCUAAAUGAAUUUGGUGAGAUUUAUCCCUUUUUUCUCUAAA